CCAUGUUGCCACAGUUAUUGUAUGAUUGCAAUCUUCACGAUUUGGAAAUGAACCUAAAAAAUCGCAUUGUGCGAAGCGUCGACUAAACUGAUGACUGUUCACGAAUCGGUGCCAACGACAAUGUCAAUCAGACAAAAUACAGGCGAAUUAACUAAGCACAAACAACAACUAGGUAAACAGGGCCCAGAACCGGUCAACUUUCCACCGCGUUACCAUCCGCCACCACCUGCCGCAGCGAGUUCCAAACUAACCACUGUAGACGCCGGCACGAAAGAGUUUAAACCUCCUAAUUCUGUAAAACAUAUUGAUCCCACUAAAUUACAAUAUCCUAUAGGAAUUCAAGGUUCUAUGCCAGUAUUAUAUCCGAGUGGACCUUACCCACAAGUGAAAUAUCUUCAAGGUUACCCUGUAGGUUAUCCUGUACCUCCAGCCGCUCUACGUGUUCUCAGACCAGGAGGUGAGAUAGUUACGAAAGCAAUUGUUCACGAACCAGUAGAAGCAACAGCCCGAGCAAGAAGUGCGGACGACACUCAGCGAGUUCAACGUAACUUAGAGGAAGAACAAAUACACAGGCGGUCCGCGGAUAUGCUCAAAUUCACUAAACGAAUUGAUUCAGAUGUUACAAGGCAAUCAACUGAUCAGCGACGGCAAAUUCAAACACUUUUAGAUGAAAUAAAAGCAUUGAAAGAAGCCAAUCGUCGUCUAAGUGAAGACAAUCAAGAAUUACGUGACCUGUGUUGCUUUCUUGAUGACGAUCGACAAAAAGGUCGUAAGUUGGCUCGAGAAUGGCAGCGGUUCGGUAGAUACACGGCUUCUGUGAUGAGACAGGAAGUGUCAGCAUAUCAGAACAAGUUACGUGAAUUAGAUGACAAACAACAAGAACUUAUCAGAGACAAUUUGGAAUUAAAGGAAUUGUGUCUUUAUUUAGACGAGGAAAGGGAGAGAAGUGCAUGUAUUAAUUGCGGAAGAACAGCUGGCAGAGAACGAGAUGACGGUGACGGUAGUAGUAGUGGCACAAACGCCGAAGAGGUCCCUCGACCUCCUGCGUUGACUGUACCAAUUAAACAUCCCCAAUUAGCGGAGCGUACAGUUCAGUAUGUUCGUGACUUAGAACAGAAAGUACGCCGCUUAGAAGCUGAAAAAGGUGUAGGGAGUGGACUUAGCGAACGACCUGAGGCCGUAGUUCGUGCACUACAAGUGUUGGAAGUUAGAGAAAGAGUGGAAAGGGAAAAAAGAAGACCAGCUCCUGAUUUAGACACUGGUGAACAAGCUCUCGUUCGAGAAAUGUGUAACGUAGUUUGGGGUAAAUUAGAAGAAGCACCACCUCAAGCACCUCCGCGUUGAUAGAACAUUACGUAAACGAUAUAACAUGUAAAAGCGUUUAGUAAAUAAAUAAUGUACCAGUACCAAGUAUUCAAUAUUACGAUGGAAGUGAAAGAAAACAAUUUAUAAUUCAACGUUUGAAUGGACUCUGACUUGAUUGAGGUCACGGAGAACGAUGUCAAGUCACAUGACCUACAGAGUGCGUUUAAGUAUUGACCUUGUUUAUCAAUCAGAUGUAACUGAACAGUUAAGCUGUAAAUAAUAGAAAUAACAUAGACCGUGCGUGCUCGAUAGUCACAACAAAACUUUUAGUAAUUGCCUAAUGUAUUUUCAAAAAUUUUGAAACCGUAAAGUACAAAAUUAGUAAAUAAGCCAUUAAAGUUAGAUAUAGCUCUUUGUUUUAAACCAUAAUUAACCAGGAGCGCUCUAAUUAAUGUCGAUGAGUAUUUUCAGCGCUAUGACAAUUAAUUUUAAAUGUUAAAUUUAAAUAUUUUUAUAUGUUUUUAAUAAUAGAAUUACUACAUUCAUAGUUCUAAAUGAGGCUAAAAAUAAUUUAUUAAUUUGUCUGUGAUUAAUUGGUCUUUUAAAGAGCUGGACGUAUAAUUAUUAUCUACUACAUAUACAAAGGUCCUGAUAUACAUUAUCUACAGUUUCACCGCAUCUAGUCAAAGCCAAUUAAAGCAAUAGUUUGUAUAAAUAGAAACACAAUUAGCUUCCUUGUCGCCCAGCUCACACCUCUUGCCUUGUUUGCUCUAAUGUGUUAUUGUUAAUUUAUUGUCGAACUUAAAAAUAAAUUAUUUUUGUUUUUA